AUUUAUCAAAUUUAUAACUUAGUAUGAUUAGGAGUGUGUUUGCUGAUAAUUCUAAUUCUAACAAUAUAAAACUUUAAUAUUUGAAGUAUUAUAAAGUUUAAAAACAGUUCAAGAAUGAAUCCCAAACACACUCUAAAAUCAUCACUCCAAAGCAAAGUGAUGUUGGGCGAUUGGCUGAUCACCUGACUAAUGCUAAAGUGGCUCUGUACACCUCAUAGGGUUUGCUAGCAGUGCAUAAGAAGGCCCGAUCUCCAUCUGCACAAAAGCACUCGAUAUUUUUCUCCAAACACUGCUUUUCUAUCAAUCUCUGAGUUCAAGGGCUCGAGAAUACAGAAAACGACGAUUUACACAAGAAUCGGCGACAAAAAAAUUUCAAUGAGCACGGCUACUCCACCAAAGAAUUGUCCUUCUCAAUUGGUCGUUUUAAACAAGGCAUUCAAAUUGGCUGAGCAAUGGGUUAAGAAUAUGUCCACACCUUUAGAGGAUGAACCAACUGAAGUUAAGUUAGAAGCCCGACCUUCUAGGCUUGGACUGGGUGCUAAAGCUUCACGUCAAUCCAAAAUUGGGCCUUCAAAUGAUCCCAUUGAAAGAAAAUUAUAUGCUAAGUUGGAUGCUGGGAAAAGAAAAUCUUCCAAAAGUAGCAAGGAGUCUACUCUAUCUGCAAGAAAUGGAAGUGACAAUAGUGAUGAUAGUGAUGAGGAUCUAGAGAGCAGAACCAAAUCAUUUAGCAAGAAGCGAGUAGUUCCUCCAACCUCAUCUCUACAGAGAAACAAGAAACCAAAGGUAUAAAAAUAUCCCUCUCCAAAAUUCCGUUAUGGAAGGCAAGUCACAAGAAACUGCUUGACCGAAUGCAUCCGAGUCAGGAGAUGGUACCCUAACAAGAUCUCUCAGUGUUAACUUCACAUUACCAUUACCAUCAAUGAGGUCUCCAGUUGAGAAACCAUAUCCUAGACUUUCAUCACAAGUCCAUAUGUUCAGAAGGGUUUUGCUUCUCCCUCAGGUUCAAAGCCACACAAUCUCCCCUUGGAUGGUUUUGAAGCUAACCAUAUAAAACUGGGGUUGAAGAGUGUGAGGCUAAAACCAGAAUGUUCCACAAUGUGGAGCGGAUACUCAAUGUAGGAAGAUAAUCUUGGUUGCAAUGAUCCUGAUCAAAAGGUAUGCUCAUGGAUAAAGGGGUCUGUUCCUCAAUAAAGUCUUUUAGGUGUACCAGUAUCAUUUCCAGAAUAACCAGUUUGUAAGGCUAUAAUGUCUGAGCUUAGUUAAAUCUUCUCCUAAGUAUGCAAGUAUGCAAAUUAUUUCUUGCACAGCUUAUAACAGGGCCCUGGUGCAUCCAGUAGUAACAGAAGUGUUUACAAACUAUAGAUGUUCCUUCAGGGUACCUAAAAGUGAGAAUCUGAAAUGGAUUUCAUAUCAAUGGCUUGGUUAUAAACCUA